AUGCGGCGCGGGUUCGGACGUGGUGGCUACGGCGGCCGCGGCUACGGCGGCCGCGGCUACGGCGGCCGCGGCUCCGGCGGCGCUAAGAAGAGCACCUACGGCAGCUAUGGCGCCUGCUUCAAGUGUGGACAGCCCGGCCACUGGGCGCCGCAGUGCCCAUACAACCGUGCGCCCGCGCAACCCGCCAACCGCUCGUCGGGCGCCGCGUCCUCGUCGUAUGCCCCCGCGCCCUCGUCGUACACCCCCACUUCCUCGUCCUCCGCGCCCGCUCCCUCGGCCGCACCCGCUUCGACCGCACCCUCGACCGCGAUCGUGCCCAAGCCGUGGGUGAGGCUGCCCGCCACUCCGGUCAGCCAGGACUACCUCGACGAGCACGAGGUGUGCUACGGCACGCUCAACGUGCCCAUCGUCGGAUGCCAGUACUACCAAGGCGUCCUCCACCAAGGCGAGAUGGCCAGCCUCGUGCGCGAGCCCAACAACCAGUACGACAAGAACGCCAUCCGCGUCGACAACCUGUCGGCCGCGCAGGUCGGCCACGUCAAGCGCACCUACGCCGCCGCGCUCGCGCCGAUCAUGGACGACCCGUCGCCCGCCGCGCCGCGCGUCGAGGUGACCAUCCCGCGCGAGCCGACCAACAUGUACGAGGUGCUCGGCGAGCUCAAGAUGAUCGGGCUCAAGGAGCACGCCGAGGCGGCCGUCGCCGCGCUGCGGGCCGGCGGGCACUUCACGCUCAAGGACGGCUACGCGGCGAAGGCGGCGGCGGCGCAGCAGGCGGCGGCGCAGCUGGCGGCGCAGCAGGCGGCGGCGGCGCAGCAGGCGUGGCAGCAGCAGCUGGCGUGGCAACAGCCGGUGGCGCAGCCGGUGCAGGUGGUCAAGAUGGACGCGGCGUCGUGCGAGCGCGAGCUCAACGCGCUCUUCGAGAAGGAGCUCGCGCUGCAGGGCGCCAUCUCGACCGACGCGGCGGCGGCGGCGCUCUCCGCGUCGGUGGUGCGCUCGGCGCUGCUGCCGCACCAGCUGCAGGCGCUCGCGUGGAUGAUGGCGCAGGAGGACGAGGCGACGCCGCCGCCCGCCUCGGUGUACGAGCGGCGGCUCGAGAAGGGGCAGGAGGUGUGGUUCUGCACCGUCACCAACUCGUCCACCGCGGUCAAGCCGCACGGCGCGCGCGGCGGGUUGCUGUGCGACGACAUGGGCCUCGGCAAGACGCUGACGACGCUGGCGCUCAUCGCCGUCAACCAGCCCGACGGCGUCCGCCUGAGCGGCGCCGCGCCCGCCGCGCCGGCCGCGCCGGCCAAGGAGGAGGAGAUGGCGGAGGCGGCGGCGGCGGAGGACGAGGCGGCGGCGGAGGAGGAGGCCGAGGAGGAGGAGCAGGAGGAGUUCGACGAGGAGGAGGAGGUGCGGCAGGCAAAGCGGCUGCGCGUGGGCGAGCUGCGCGAGGCGCUGGCGGCGCACGGGCAGGAGGAGAGCGGCACCAAGCCCGUGCUCGUCGAGCGGCUCGUCAACACCAAGCGCUCCGCCGCCGCCGCCGCCAGGGCGGCCAAGCAGCUCAGCGCCGCCGCCGCCGCCAAGCAAGCCGCGAGCGCCGCCGCCGCCAAGGCCGCGAGCGCCGAGGAGGCUGAGGGGCGGAGCGUCGCGGCCGAGGCGGCGGCGGCGGCGCACGCGGCGGGGUGCGGCGGCACGCUGGUGGUGUGCCCCACCUCCGUGCUCUCCAACUGGGCGACGCAGAUGGGCGAGCACGUGCCGGGCGCGCUGCGCGUCGCCACGCACCACGGCGCGGGCAAGGAGAGCGCCGAGGGGCUCGCGGCCGCGCACGUCGUGCUCACGACCUACGGCACGCUCGGAGCCGAGUGGAAGGCGUGGACGGCCGCCAAGGAGGGCGGCGGCGGCAAGAAGCGCAAGCAGGGGGCGCACGGCUCGCUCUUCGACCUGCACUGGCACCGCAUCGUCCUCGACGAGGCGCGCGCCGCACGUGCACACGCCCCCGCAGUGAGGCCGAGCUGGAGGCGGCGCGACGCGAGAUGGCGCCCACGCAUACCGGCCUGCUCGCCAACUGAGCCGCCGCAGGGCCGCGCGAGACAACUAGAAGGCGGCAAACGCGACGCCGCGGCCGCGGCGCACGAGAGCCGCUGGCCGCUGGGACGUCAAUCAGACCCAGACCUUCAGCAGACGGCAGACUGA